AUGGCUGCUAUUUUGGCGCUGAUGCGCACUACACGCGCCUAUGCACCAACUCGGAUCUUCUUAAACCUGAUGCUUAAUUUACCGGUUGUGCGGAAUGAGAUCGACAGGAUACGCGAGUUCACGCAAGUCAAGACUCUCGAACGCUUAGAGCAGGAAGCUGAGAGGAAGGACUUGGUGAGCGAUGCCCAAAGAAUGAAUACCGACGAAAUCGUCUCAAGCGCAAGAGUCACCAUCGCAGCAGGCAGAGAAACAACAGCUACCGCUCUCAGCGGUCUGAUUUUCUACCUCCUUCAGACGGCCCACGCCUUCAAAGUUCUUCCGAAAGAAAUACGGGGGAGUUUUAAGAGGUUAUAGGAGAUAGGCGUUUGUGAAGGAGAAGAAGUUGGAGUAUUUGCAGGCUUGUGUGGAUGAGGUUUUGAGGGCUUGCCCACCUGUUGCUAUGCAGUUGUCGAGGCUUACGCCGAAGGAAGGAUGUAUCAUCGAUAAUCAUUUUAUCCCGGGGAAUGUAUGCUCCAUUUCCAUUUCCACUCCCAUCUCCAACCCAUAAAAUACUCUCAUCAUAUUGAG